AUGAGCAUCCUCCACGCGCUCGCCACGUCAGCCGCGCCGCUGAUCGAGGAUCCCCGCGCGCCGCUCGCGGAGCGCCUCCGCGCGCUCAUCAUCAAAGCGGAGGCCACGGCGGGAGCCGCCAACCUUGCGCCGCAACCGCCACUGCAAACCGCGCGGUCGGCCGACUCGGCGCCCAACCACGGAAGACACUUCCCAAAAUCCACGUCAGAACCCGGCGUUGCGGCGGGCGCGAUCUCCGGAACGACUUCCAACGAUUGGGGCUCCUAUGUUCACAAUGUCGAGUGUGAUACUUUGGGGCGGCUUACAGCGGGGAUAGGGGGGCUCUUCAAGUCAUUCCCCUCGUUUCCCGGAGCGACUCUUAACUCGUCGCCUUCCGCCGCCGCCAUUUCCCGCCAAGACGUGCUGAUUAACGGCAGCGGAAGCAGCUGCAGUAACCCGCGCUCCCCGCGUUCCCCGCGUUCGGACGACGCCGAGCCUACUGGCUCGGGAAUGUCCGAGCCUGUGCAGGAGGGUGAGGAGGAGACCCCAACGUCUGGUGUGGAGAACCCAGGGAAGCUGGAAUUCGUUGACUUCGUUGACUCUGGAGGGAAGGGCGACGCAGGAGAUGAUCUCAACGACCUGUUUGACUUUUUUGACUCGCUUGUGGGCGGCGCAAGUGGCAGCGGCAGUGGGAGUGAACAGCAGAGAGACAGUGAGAAGCUUCUUGGAAGGAACAACAGCCGCAGCAACGACCGAAGCAGCAAGCACCUGGAAGUUUCAGAAGGACCUGAGCCCUCAGGGAGCAAAUCUCAGGCAGGUCGGAAAUUUCGGAGCAUGGAGGGACUGGAGGCGGGUAGCAACACGGAAUAUAUUUUGGUGCCUGCCGAAGAUGGGUACAACUGGCGAAAGUAUGGGCAGAAAAUGGUGAAAGGCUGCCUGCACCCUCGACUCUAUUUCCGCUGCACAUUUCCGGGCUGCCUGGUGAGAAAAACGGAGGAACGGGCAGAUGAUGGAGAGGUGCUGGAAAGAAUCUACAGGGGGUUGCACAAUCACCCGCCUCCUGGGCUCCCCGCAAAAGAGAUUCAGGAGGAGGAAUGGGAAACCAGGCGUGAGCAGCAGCAGCAGCAGCAGCAGCAGCAGGAGGAGUUGGAUGCUUCCCCUCCUGCUGCUCCUGCUGCUGAUGCUAAUUCUCCAAAACUUUCCCUACUUUCGUCCUCCUCAUUUCCGCUACUUCAAGCUGAGUCCACAUCAAUAAGGCAGGGUAUUCCCAUAAGUAACCCUAUUGGUAACCAGACUUGUAACACUGCUACAGACCGCCAUGGGUCACAGGAGAGGCUCUGGGGAAAGAGGCUGUUCCUUCAUCACAGCCGUUUAUCCGCCCCUGCCAACCUGCAAAUCUCAGCCGUUGAUCUUACCAGCCCUGACCCUGGUUCUGAGGGGCCCACAGGGAGCAGUGGGGGAUCCAGUGUGAGUGGGGAGAGGAAGAGGAAGGCACUACCUGGGGUAUGCCUAUCUGCUGGGGACCUGUCAGCUGAAGCUAUGGAGGAGGAUGUUACCAGUGCAGCAGCUUAUAACGCAGCAGUAACUUUAAAUAAAGGAGCUGCUUAUAACGGAGCAGCUACUAGCGAAGCAGCUCAUAACGAAACUGCUGGAGCCGUGGAUAAGAAGCCGAGGCGGGGCGCCGAAACUGUACUGGUUUGCGCACAGCAAGUGAUUGAAGAGCCGAAACUGGUCGUCGAGUUACGCAGUAACAUGGAGCUUCUAGACGACGGUUACCGCUGGCGCAACUAUGAGGGUCGGCACUGCCACGCCAUGCCAGGGCCUGUGUUCUCCCCUCCUCCUGCCGAGAGGAAUUCUCCUGUUGCUGCUGGUGGUGACAGCGGCACUCUCAGCACUGCUGCUGGGAGCAGAAAUGAUAACCCUGGGAUGUGUUCUUUCCGGUUGCCUGGCGAGGCUGUGGCAGUGAAUGGGGUGGGGUACUGGGUGCUGCACUGA